GGGGGAGUCCGCUUUGAAGAGCGAUGGACGGUUCCUCAUCAACGUCCACCAACGAGGAGAGCGACAAAAAUCAGCGAGAGGAUGCCAAGGCAGAUCUUGCGACUGCAGAUACUGAUGCACGGCAGAAGCAAGGCACAGAGGCCACCAGCAGCAUCAGACGGCUGGAGCAUGUGACGACGGAUCUUAUCGAGGACGAGGCUCUGAAAUGGAUGGUUCUGCUUCUCCGCAUCACCUUCCUCGUCCCACACACACGAGCGGAGCGGGUCGUUGCCGCUGUGGCCAUGCUGGUCCCCUGGCUGUCGGCCGUGCAGCAGCUGCUCUUUCUGGUGGACCUUGAUGCUGUCGAGGCCAACGACGACCGGGCCGUGCUGCUGACCAACAGCGCCCUCUGGCACGUGCUCACGGGCUGCGUCCGGCUGUGGCUGCUGCUGUGCGUGCCCAAGCAGAAGCUGUGCAAGCUGUUCAAAUGCCUGCUGAGGUCAUCCUACUGGCACAUGAAGCCCCCACCAGCAGUGGCUUUCUCCACCGAGCGGCUCAACAGGACCGCCAAGAUCUGGUCGAUUGUGUGCUUCUGCACCGGCGUCCUCAACUGGGCUCUUCUCUUCUUCGGCUACUUUAUCGGGGCUGAGAUACGACUGGUCAUCAACUACCCCUACGCUCAGCCCGACGGGCAGGGGUGGACCAUUCAGGAAGAGGAACCGGGCAUCUACUGGUGGGCGGUGCUGCAGCUGGUGCUUCAGGGGUUGUGCUCUUUCGCGUGGAUCGUGCCCUUGCUGCCCUACUCCCUGGCCGUUGGGCUGCUGCACGAGCGAUUCAGGCACUUUGGUAUGGCCCUUGACCACCUGAUUCCGGCCCUCGGCAACUCGAACGAGUUGCUGGGAGUGCAUCGAGACACUGACAGUGACGGGCAGCCGACGGGCAAGGUGCCGUCGCUGGCGCAGCUGACCGUGGCGCAUCGGCAGCUGUGCCAGGCGGUGCUGGUGGUCGACAGGAUCUUCCGUCCCUUCGUGGCUACCUGGUUCAGUGUUAACUCGGCCCUGACCAUCUUCCUGAUCUAUAGGAUUGUUUUCUUCCGGGAGGGGGCGUCCUCCACCCUCAUGGGGUCCUUCUUCUUCUGGCUCCUCACCGGCCUCUUGCUGCAGGCAAGCUGAAAGACACAUACGCGCAUCGCAUCCACCCACCACACAUUUGACAUCGGUACCUACCUUGCCUUGCGUUGCUGCGUCCGGUCCGCGUGUGUGCGCAGGGCAUUGUGGGGUACAAGGCUGCGAAGAUCUACGCCUGGCACGACCACCUGCUGUCCAAGUGUCUGCAGAUACAGCUGCCCCCUGACCAGCACACUAACGCCCCGCCACCCACCCCACCGCCCCUUGCCGCCCCUCUCACAUCGAGACAGUCAUCGCGCAAGCCGCUGCUGCUCCUGCGGAGUCACUCGCUGGACACAUCCAUCGCACCGAUGUGUGAAGAGGCGCUAGCACAGAGCACACACAUCGUGACGCGUCGUGAAGAGACAUCAGAGUCUGGGGUGCAGCGGGAGCUGGAGCUGCUGAGGUUCGCUCACCAAGUGAGCAACCUACGCCCUGGUCUGACGGUGGGAGGUGCGGUGCUGCUCAACUGGCAGCUGAUUGGGACUGCGGCGAGUGUGGUUGCGUCUGUGUUUGUGUUCCUCUACGAGACGAGGAAGGGCAACACAGAGACAGAAUGAGGGAGGGAGGGGGUGAGGGAUUGUACGUAAGCUACCUGCGGGCUGUUUCGAUGCGUUUAUGGACAUAUAUGGGCAGGGGUAAGUGUAGUGUAGGAGACUCGUACGGUAGCUAAUAUCGUGCCCUCACUGCUGCAGAGUUGCAGAUAGAUAGAGGUUUUGCAUUGACUGACGUCGCUUUUGCCUUCGUUCGUUGGUGUGUGUGUUUGUCACACGACAUGUAGUGAGUGUGUAUGAUGGACGUUGAUUCAUUAUAUAUUGUCAAGUGGCC